AUGUCUAAAGCAACGAUGAAUCUACGAUCAAAUGACAAUUCAUCUAAACGUGUUUCUGUUGUGGAUUCCGUUGACAAAGCAAUAACUGAGCAAGGAUGGGAGCCUGCUGCACUGUACGUUUUUGGAGACAAAAGCAAUUUAAGGAUAUUACGUCAGUAUCCACUAUCCUUCGAAUUCAACGAGUAUUAUUUACAUUUCCUCGCCUAUCAUCAUGUCGCCAUGCGUUUUCGUACGUUUUUACUGGAUUCAGAGCACGAACGUGUGCAGAUGGGUUGGCUAUCAGAUGCUGAAAAGAAAGAUGCAAAGACUUCUAAAUCUCACAUAAAAAGUCUUUGGGAUUAUAUCGACAUGCUACACAAAAAAUCAUCAUUAUUUUAUAAUUUCAAGUUUUCGAAAGAACAUUCUGAAAAGGUGCUUCGUCCUCAUUGCAACGUUUCCAAUCUAAAAUUAUGGAGUUAUUUUGUUUCGGAGAAUGUCUCCACUGGUCCAGAGUUUGAUCAAGAAGUUAUAAAUGAGACAGAAACUGCUGCCGAGGAAGGACAACAGAAGUUAGAAGACAAGUACGAUGCCAACAGACGCUGUCGAAGUGGUAUGUUUGGUGGAUCGGUUCAUUACGACAAUAGUAGCUGUGCAUAUCAUUUGUACGAAUAUAAUCGCAUCGAAGAAGAGGCUGACAAACACGCAACUCGUUGGAAAAAUAUAUGGCAGCGUUUGGAACAGCCUAAAAUAACGAAAACGUUUUUAACAUACAAUGAAGAACUUUCCAGAGUCCGUAGUGGUGUACUACACAAACGAGAUACAAUGGACAUAAUACUUGAGGGGAAACUUCAAAUCGAAGACUACAGUAACCAAGGUUUUUCACGACCUCAUUCAUUUGAACCUCACAGUUUCUUUACGCCAACCAACUGCGAUUUCUGUCUACAAGUGAUAUGGAAUAUUGGAAAAGGAGGAUUCAGAUGCACAGAAUGUGGAUACAACUGUCACGAGAAAUGCUUAUCACGUGUUCCUAAAACGUGUCCUAAUUACAAGAAUCUAAAAGACCAGAAUGAUAGAAUGCCAUCAACUAGUAACAAAAGCUUACACGAGUCUCCAAGUAUAAACAAAUCUUCGAAAUUUUUGUGUGGGUAUCUAUGGAAACGAGGUGCUUUAUUCAAACAAUGGAAGCAACGGUAUUUUGUAUUGGAUACGGAAAGACAUCAGCUUCGUUACUAUGAUGAAGUAAGCGAUGUUCAUUGUCAAGGUGUUGUCAACUUAUCUGAAAUUAUUUCAUGUGAAAUGUCACAGUUGAAUUCAAACGAGAAGCAAGUUUUUUUCGACCUUCGUACAGAGAAACGAUUGUAUAAUUUGUAUGCUGCGACGGAGGAAGAAGCCAAGAAAUGGAUAUCUAAAUUACAAAGCUUGGAUACGUAGAGCUUCCACGAUCCAAUCAGGAAUUUCAUUAUAAUCAAAAGAAAUGUUGUGCAUAUGUGAAAUAUUUUAACAUUUUAGAACGCAUAUUUAGGGUAAUUUAUGUAUGUAUUUUAAUUUUUUUAAAUAAUAGUAUCAUUUUGAGACACGCACAGGUUUCAAAUAAACAUGACUGAAAUAACCAAUACGAAUUUUCGUUGUAUUUCCACAUGUUAUAAAAAUAGUGUGACACCAGAUAUAA